ACUGUUUGGUCUUCUUUUGCCGCUUUCCCGUCAACACUCGCUCGUCAUCCAUUCAACUUUUCAAUCAUCAAACACAACAACUCACUUUCGGUCUUUUGGUCCUUUGUCUCGUUCCUUCUGCACGUCAGAUAACAAAAACAACAAACGGUAGCCAUGCUGCGGUUGUCGGCGUUUUGCGCAAUCUCGCUGCUGCUGCUCUUUGCCGGCCUGCUGGGCGUCGACGCUCACGGUCGCCCGUCGCCAUGGUCGAAGGGUGCUGCUGGACGCUGGCACAAUGACCUGGAGGAAGCUGCACCCUCGCGCGAGUUGCUGCUUGAGCUCGAGCAGCAGGAGCAGCAGCUGGAGCUGGACGGCACUAUCAACCGUCGGGCGCCACGCGCCGCGGUCACCGUCUCUGCAAGCCCGUCUCUGAUCGCCAAGAAUGGAGACACGGUCACCGUCUCGUGGAGUGGCGUGACAAAGGUCCAGGCGGACGACUGGAUUGGCGUCUACUCGCCCAGCACGAGCGAGCACAGCCUUUACAUUGAUUGGGUUUACGUGAAGGAGUGCGAAACCGCGUCGCAAGGCUUUGGCAAUGUCACCUUCGAGCUCGUCAACAUGCGCAAGGACUAUGGCUUCCGCUACUUUUCUGGCAACACUGUGCUCACUCAGCUGGCCCAAAGCGCUCCUGUCGAAUUCGUGAACAAGAAUGAGCCCACGCACGGCCGACUUGCCUACCCUGGCGACCCGACCACAAUGCGAGUGAUGUGGGUGACGAACGAAGACAAAACAAUCCCGACCGUGCAAUACGGCACCUCGGCUGGAAUCCUCAACAUGAACAUGUCUGGAACGUCCCACACGUACCGCGCGAGCGACAUUUGCAGUCCUCUGGCUUCGACUCCGAGCCCGGUCUUGUUCAUCGAUCCCGGCUUUUUCCACGACGUGCUGUUGACCAAUCUCGCGCCGAGCACGCUGUAUUGGUACAGGUAUGGCAACGAUGCCACUGGCUGGAGUGCAGUGGCCAACUUUACCACGGCCCCGCAGCCUGGCAAGAAUACUCCCAUCUCGUUCGUGGUCUAUGCGGAUAUGGGCACGUACUCGACUGGGCCCGGCGCUGUCGCCACUUCCGAACGCGUUUUGAGCCACCUUGACGAUGUCGACUUUGUCCUGCACGUCGGCGACCUUUCGUACGCGUUGGGCCGUGGCUACGUGUGGGAGUGGUUUGGUGCACUGAUUGAGCCGAUCGCCACCAACAAGCCGUACCAGGUCUCCAUUGGUAACCACGAGUACUGCCAUCUUCUUGGCGGCGAGAAGGAUCCCAGCCACGCGGCAGGCAAUGGCUUCCAUCCUUCCUGGGGCAACUAUGGCGAUGAUUCGAACGGCGAGUGCGGCGUCCCGACCCACAACCGCUUCCACAUGCCCGACAAUGGCAACUCGGUCUUCUGGUACUCGUUCGACUACGGCUCUGUGCACUUUUUGCAGUUCUCCGCCGAGCACGACUUUCUGCCAGGCUCGGACAUGUACAAGUGGAUUGCCAACGACCUCGCGUCCGUCGAUCGCAGCGUGACGCCGUGGAUUUUUGUGUCUGCCCACCGCCCGGCGUACUGCAGCGAAAACUACAUGGGCGACUACAACGUCUCGCUCUAUUUGCGCGCGGCACUCGAGCCCUUGAUGCAGCAGUACAAGGUCAACAUUUUCUUCUCUGGCCACUACCACUCGUUCCAGGCCACCUGCCCCGUCAUGAACGGCACUUGCAGCGGCACCUUUGACAAGCCUACUGCCCCAGUUCACCUCAUGGUCGGCAUGAGCGGCGCGUCCCUCGACAAUGAAACGUACAUGAAUGUGACGUGGGACGCCUUCCACGAUCAAGCCUUCGGUGUCGCGUACGUCCACGUGCACGACGCCAACUCGAUGUACUUUGAGUAUCGCCACAACGACAAUGACGGCGUUGCUUGGAAUAUGACUUUGAGCAACUGGGCGAUGCUGUGAGGUGUUGUUUUUGUCGUUUUGUCUUUUUUGUUUGGGGCAAAUCAAUAGAUCUACAUUUUCUGAACCA